CUAGGUUUUAGCUCAUAAGCGAGCUCUGUCAAGAUCCCUAGAUCGCCGACUUGGCAUUACUGCCUCUUCUUCUUUGUGGAGUGUCUACUCCAAACCGGCGGAGACCCUAAGUUUGUUCUUCGUACAUCAAACGGAGAUGGCGAAGAAGAAAGAAAGAUCGGUGAAUGUAUCGGGAAAGCCAAAGCAUUCCUUGGACAGCAAUAGGGAUGUUAGCGCAGCCAAAAAUGGCCGUAGUGCCGCCACUGUGCGGCGGCUCAAGAUGUACAAUACUAGGCCGAAGCGAAAUCCUCAGGGUCACAUAAUAAAGCAUGACUUACAAUCAAAGGAACUGCCAUCAACAAGGAUACAACCAGAUCGUCGUUGGUUUGGUAAUACUCGUGUGGUCAACCAGAAGGAACUGGAGUUCUUUAGAGAAGAGCUCCAAACUCGGCUUUCCAGUAACUACAAUGUUAUAUUAAAAGAAAGGAAGUUGCCAAUGUCCCUUUUAAAUGAUCAUCAGAAGCAAGUAAAAGUUCAUCUUCUUGACAAUGAGCCUUUCGUUGAUGCCUUUGGACCAAAAACAAAGAGGAAACGCCCCAAACUUAUGGCAUUAGAUUAUGAAGCUCUAGCUAAGAAGGCUGAUGUGUCUCAAGAUGAUUUUGAAGACAAACAUGGUGCUAGCACCUCCAUGGAUGAAAAUGUAGAUGGAUUCAGAGAUCUUGUCAGGCACACAAUGUUUGAGAAAGGACAAAGUAAACGAAUUUGGAGCGAGCUUUACAAAGUCAUAGACUCUUCUGAUGUCGUUGUUCAGGUUCUUGAUGCCAGAGACCCCUGUGGUACAAGGUGCUACCAUUUGGAGAAACAUUUGAAAGAAAAUUGCAAGCAUAAACAUAUGGUCCUUUUGCUUAAUAAGUGUGAUUUGGUCCCUGCUUGGACAACAAAGGGAUGGCUUAGAGUGCUCUCCAAGGAAUAUCCAACUUUGGCAUUUCAUGCGAGUGUCACCAAGUCCUUUGGAAAGGGUUCUCUUUUGUCAGUGCUGAGACAAUUUGCUCGAUUAAAGAGCGAUAAGCAAGCAAUCUCUGUUGGUUUUGUAGGCUAUCCCAAUGUUGGCAAGUCAUCAGUUAUUAAUACAUUGCGCACAAAGAAUGUUUGCAAGGUGGCUCCUAUCCCAGGAGAGACUAAAGUGUGGCAGUACAUUACACUCACAAAGAGGAUCUUCUUGAUUGACUGUCCUGGUGUAGUCUAUCAGAAUCAUGACUCCGAAACAGAUAUAGUCUUGAAGGGCGUGGUACGAGUGACAAACCUGCCUGAUGCUUCUGAACACAUUGGCGAAGUGCUGAAUCGCGUUAAGAAGGAGCAUCUUGAAAGAGCUUAUAAGAUAAAGAAUUGGGUUGACGACAAUGACUUUCUUCAACAGCUAUGCAAGUCAACAGGCAAACUUCUGAAGGGAGGCGAACCUGACUAUAAGACUGCUGCCAAGAUGAUUCUCCAUGAUUGGCAAAGAGGCAAAAUUCCUUUCUUUGUUCCACCUCCAAAGCUGGACGAUGACGCCUCUGAUGAGCAAAGUGAAGUUGCCUCUGAGGCAGACAGAGUCGUGGAUGACGAUCAGGCCACCGCUGCUCUAAAAGCUAUUGCUGACGUUGUUUCAUCACAACAACUGAAAGAAGUUCCUGUUCAGGAGGAACUAUUCAGUAAGGCUGAAUUGUUGGGUGAAAAUUGAAAUGGGCGAUCGGAUCAUCUUUUAGACUUGUAAUGGUUGUAGCACCCUCAAAGUCAGCAGCCAUUGCACAGUUCUAAAAUUGAGUUUUUCUAUAUCAUUCUUAUAUCUUUAAUUAAGGUCCAUGGCUUUCCAAGAGUUUUUUUAGUCCUAGUAGAGAUUGAUAUGCAUGUCGAAAAUAUAGAUGUCUCAUAUUUUGUUUUAAUGUUUAUUUCGAAUUUUGUUUUGUAUACGGUAAUGAAUUGGUAUGGGCUUGAAUGAAAAUGAUUCAUAUUGUCAAUCCCAACUUAGUUAAGAUAAAA